AUGUUGUCGAAAGUUUCCUCCUACCAGAACAUUGAAAAGAUGAUCCAUGGGACUCUCCCAGUAUCCUUUUUGAAGUUUCUAUAUCCUGCCCUUCGCCUUCUUCUGAGUCCCCAUGCAUCAAGCACCGUCAAGCGUAUCACAUCGCCUCCAAAACCGACACCGAUCCGACGCACGGCCAUUCUGAUCGAGAUUGGCAAUAUUAUUCUCGACCUAUCUUUCGAAAAAAUCACUGCGAUCCCACUUUACACAUUCAAAUCCAUAAUCUGUUGCUCAGCCACUUCACUUUAUCAAUGCGGCAGAUUGACCCGACAAGAGUAUUUCGAACGCCUGCAAAGAGAGUUCAAUUUACCCGCUGCCAAAGUCGAAGAAACCUUCGCUCAAGUUGAGUCCGCAUAUAGCGUCAAUUCCACCCUGGUUUCCUUUUUGAAGGAGCUGAAGGCCAGUUGUGUUGGAUUGCAGAUCUAUGCCGUGGCAAACAUCGGAAAAGAAGAUCAUGCCUCUAUCCUCAACCUACCAUUCGAAUGGGAUAUUUUUGAUCGAAUUUUUACAUCCACCGAUAUGGGGAUGCGCAAGCCGGAGCCUCAAUGCUUUAGGCACGUUAUUGAGGCUAUCGGGAAGAAGGACGAAGAAUUGAUUUUCGUUGAUUGGGAUACGGACAAUGUGAUGACUGCCCUUUCCCUGGGUAUGGAAGGCAUCGUUUACAAAAGUUCUACGGAGCUCCAGCGGGAUUUGAGGAAUUUGCUGUUUGAGCCCACGGGAAGAGCGAAGGAGUUCCUGCGUUGUGGAGCGAGAAAGUUCGACUCCGUGAGCUCUAAUGGAGUGACGAUUCGUGAGAACUUUGCUCAGCUGAUGAUUCUGGAAGCCACAGGUGAUCCAGAUCUUGUUGACAUUGUUCCUCAUGAAGUGACGUGGAACUACUUUAUCGGCACCCCCGUACUCACGCAGACGGAGUUCCCUGAUGACUUGGAUACGACGUCUUUGGCAUUGAUGCUUCUCAAUAGACCAGACCACAUUGCCCACCAGGUCCUCGACAGAAUGCUGGAAUAUAUCAACGAAGACGGCCUUGUUCUUACGUUCUUCACUGACUUUAAAAAUCGCUUCGAUCCCGUUGUCUGCGUUAAUGUCUUGGGUCUUUUUUAUCGCUAUGGGCGUGAGGAUCAAGUCACGAAAACCCUCGAGUGGCUCCGCGACGUGGUUAUCCGCCGUGCCUACACUGUCGGCACCGCCUACUACCCAACCCCGGAGGAAUUUCUCUACUUUUUCGCCCGCUUCCUGGGCUUUAUUCAGAAGACCCACCCGGCCGUGUAUGGGGAGUUUUCAGAGCUGCUGAUCCCACGGCUGAAGGAGCGCAUCGGGAUACCAGUCGACCCGAUCGGGCUAGCCAUGCGACUGAUUGCGUGCGAACAAUUUGGAAUUGCCGACGAGGCAGACCUAAAGGCACUCCUAGCGGUACAGUGUGAAGACGGCGGAUGGGAAAUGGGCGUCUUGUAUCAGUAUGCGUCGAAAAAGCUGAAGAUUGGCAAUCGUGGCGUCAGCACGGCCCUGGCGCUCCAGGCGAUUGAGGGAUUUCCGACGAUCAUUAGCAGCCAUACACACCGUAUAAUGUCUGGCAAAUGGGCACAGUGUCCUUGA